AUGUCUCAAUCUCCGGAUGAUAAAUUUAAUAAAUCUAACAUGCUCAACAGAAAAUCUGCAAGAAGAUUGAGUAUCAAUAAUAGAGAAUUACUUAUUGCAAUAAGUGAAAAUGAUUAUGAUAAAGUAGAAUGUCUUAUAAAUGGUGAGAUAGAUAUUAAUUUUAAAGACACAGAUGGAAAAACACCUCUAUAUUGGGCCAUUGAAAGUAACAAUGACGCAAUUAUUAAGCUACUUUUAAGGAAACAGGGAAUUAACAUUAAAAGGACAGAAAUUGAGACUUUAAUAGAUUAUGUUCGACCUCUUAAUAGGCCAGAUAUUUUAAAAAUUUUAGAAACAUCCUUAAAGUCAAAGGUUGCAGAUCAAAACGCAGUAGCGGAACAUUAUCAGUGUAACAGUAACAUAGAUCAGGUUUUAGAAUUUUCUACAUUUAAGAAAUUAGAGUCACGGAAAAAGAAUAAAAUUCAAAGCAAGCAAAAGAUUGGAAAUAAUCCAAUUCAUGGUAAUAUUUAUCAGUUAAAUUUGUUAAUGCUCUUCCUAUAUCGUAGUGUUUCCCUCCGUUACUCAUUUCAGUUAGGUACAGAAAUAUCAGAAGCUGAUAAAUUUGAUGAUCUGGUAUUUGAAUAUAUCGAAAAUGGUAAAACAGUUUACCGUCUGUUACAAGCUAAACAUAAGUUGAAUGAAUCUAAAAAAAUUACAACACGUGAUUUAUUUGCAGAACAUAAUGGUGAUUAUAGUUUAGUAAAAUACUUUAUGUCGUAUCAAAAGUCUAAAAAUAAUGAAUUGUUUAAAAAUGGCUUUAUAAAAGAUGUUACUAUUUGCACCAAUAUUGACUGGGAUUACGAAGACCUAAAGAAAGCAAAAAUUGGAAUUCAAAAGAUAAGAGGCAAAGAUGAUAUCUUAGACUUCAAAAAUAUCCAAAAGCAACCUGUACGCUACAAACUUUGUAACGAUGUAGCUAUGUUAUUAAAAUCAAAAAUAGAUUAUUAUGCAAAUGAUUUGGGAAAAAUAUCUGUAAAAUACACCGAUACUGAGAUAAAAGAUUUUCUAAACCAUCUUGUAUUUGCAGUUAACCAACCUAACGCAGAAGAACUUGGUAACAUUGUUGAAAAUGAAAUAGGUAAAGAACUUGGUCUUAUCACGACAGAAAAUGUAUAUAAUAAAUUUUUUCGCAAAAUGUUGAAUUGGUUGAUGGAUAAAGGUGGAGAUAGAUUCCUUUCCUUCGAGGAAGGAAAAAAGUUUCUGGAAGAAGCCAAGUUGGGAGUUCUCAUUUGGUUUAAUAUCAGAGAUUCAACAUGCACAUUUGUUGGGAGAGAUAAAGAAUUGUCUGAUUUACAUAACAUGUUGCAAAAUAGGAGUGAAAACAUACCCAAAUUUGUGUGCGUAAGUGGUCUUGGCGGAGUAGGUAAAAGCGAAUUAGUUAGACGAUAUAUCAAUCAGCACAGCCAAGAAUAUGAUAAUAAAAUUAUAUGGAUAAACGCCGAAAGUUACCAAACACUUGUGGAAUCUUUUCACAGAUUAGCUUCUGACAAGUUAGGGGUUAGCAUGCUAAAUGCAGAUAAUAAAGAAAAGAAAAUAUGUUCUAUAGUUGAGGAUGUAUAUAAGCUUUUGUCUGCUAGUAAAUGCAUUUUUAUUUUUGAUAAUGCUGUAAAAUAUAAAAGUGAGAAUGAAUUUGAUUAUGGUAUAGAAAAUUUUUUGCCAUGUUCACCAUGCUCCUCUAAUAAAUCAUAUAUUUUAAUUACUUCUCGCAAUAAAUAUUGGCCAAGUAAUGUGCACAUAUUAGAAUUAGAUAUAUUUAAGGAGAACGAAGCUAUAGAAUUCAUUAAAAAAUCCCUUAAAAUAGAAACUGAUGUACAAGAUAAAGUUAUUAGAGUGUUGGCAAAGAAAUUACAUUACUUUCCCUUAGCGUUACAACAAACUGUAUCUUAUAUAAAAACAGAAGAUGAGAAAUUAAAAAUUGUGGGUUCAGAGUUUAAAAUAGACAAUUAUUUGGAAAAGUAUAAUAAAAAGGUAGGAUGUUUUGAAAGUCAAGGCACGAGUACCGAUUAUAUUGAAACAAUAGUCACAACUUGGAAUAUUACCUUUGAUAUAAUAAAUCAAAGUGAAAAUGGUAGUAAUGCUUUAAAAAUAUUAGGUAUCGCAUCUUACUUAGCUUCUGAAGAUAUAUCUACAAAAAUAUUUGUAAAUAUUAUAGACUGUGAGGACAAAGUAGGCUCUGCUAUCCUAUUAUUAAAACAGUAUUCAAUAAUUAAUUUAGAAGGUACGGCAUUUAGUAUACAUAAAUUAGUACAGGAA